CAGGACAUCUGUACGUAUGGUCACUCGAGGGCGCUUGAUGUGUAUACGAGCAUUGCUUAAAGAGGGACCUUGGAUGAUAUUAUUGGAUUGUAUAUGCAUUGUAUUAAAAAAAUUGGAAAAUGUGCUAAUGAAUCGACGAUGUUUUAUUGGUGAUAUUGGUAUGAUAACAUUGAUAUCAUGAGAGAAACCGAAAUAAAUAACGAGAUUGUUUUAUUAAGAAAAUCUGUUCGUCAGGCUCGCACUUGUGUGGUAAGUAAAUUGAUCAGAGAAGCAAAAAGGUUACGCACUAGCCAUGGUAAGGAAAAGCAACUGGAAAAAAAUAAGAAAAAGGCAGAUAAACUUCUAAGGGAGGUAUUUGCAUUAAAACAUAUAAAAGACGAUGAUAUAUCAAAAUUUGGAAUCGUUAAAUUUGCCUGCCUGCAGGACAUACUACAAAAUUUGCAUACUGACGAUGGAACUCGGGCUAUGGCAAAAAUUGUUCGUUACAAGUCUUUAAGUUUGAAAAUAAUGAAAUUUCAGGAGAAAUUUCCAAAUUAUAAGGAAUACAUUUCUUGGAAGGCAAAGAAGUGUGCAUCAAAACGAAAAGCAAGCAACAUGAAAGACUUUCCAGAGGAACAUUCAAAACUGUUGCGAAAUGAUAUAAAUAAUAUUGUAGUAGAAGUGUAUAAAGAAGACUCAAAAAAUAUGAAUGAUAAUGUUUCUAUUGCUCCUAUACCUUGCCAAAAAAGAAGAGUUAAUGCAAAAUGUGGUAAAUUAUUGGAAGAAAAGAAAUUAAAUGAAGAAGUUGAAGAAGAUAAAGGAAAUUCAAAGAAAAUAUCAAAACCUCGAGACAUAACGACAAAAUCCAAAAAUGACGAAGAUUCUAAGAUAGUGACCAAAAUCAUUAGUAACGAGGCCACUGUUAAAAGAUUAACAGAAGUUUUACAAGAAACAGGGGAACAGAAUGAUAGGGGAAUAGAAUGCAGAGAAGCUAAGAACCAACCUGUCUCCAACGGAACAACGAGGUCAUUAAAAAAGAUAGAUGACUUCUUUCUACAUGCAAAUGAAGUAACUUCAUGUUCCAACGUUACUCUGUUUGGUAAGAAGGAAAAUAUAAGCAAUGAUUAUAACAUAAAUCAUAUAUUUAAAUCAAAUAAAAUAAGAAAUAAAAGAGAUAAAUUGCAAAAUGAAAAAGUAAAUAAUAAAAGAAAAUAUAGUAGAGAACAAAAAAUGAAUAACUCGUAUAGUUCUCAUGAACAAGGUGGUACAACAGAGAGAAGACAUUGGAAACACAGUAAAAAUGCUAAACGAUUUAAAGAAAAGGAAAGUAUUAAUAAUACAAGUGCAAUAGAAUAUGAAAAUCUACAUCCUUCCUGGGUUGCAAAGAAGAAGCAGCAAGAUAUUAUGAAACAGGGAUUUCAAGGGAAAAAGAUUAAGUUUGACGAGAAUUGA